GUCUCUCCGUGAUUCACUUUCGACAAAGCUCUUGGAAAUCAAACAUAUCUGAAGGACAUUUGAAUAUUAUUUAUUAAUUUUUUUAACUCACCAAAAAGAAUUUAUAACAGCAGAAAUGUCCGUAGUUAGCGCGCUGCCUUUCCUGAAGCCCAUCCACAUGAGAGCCCCGAUCUCCCCCGGCCGCCAGCGCCGGCACACGCUCCCCGCCAGCGAGUUCCGCUCGCUCAACGCUGAGGACGCCAUCAGCGUAUUCGAAAUCGAGAGAGAGGCUUUUAUAUCUGUGUCUGGAGAAUGUCCUCUUCACCUGGAUGAGGUCCGGCACUUCCUAACCCUCUGUCCUGAGCUUUCUUUGGGCUGGUUUGAACAGGGGAGGCUUGUUGCUUUUAUCAUUGGAUCACUCUGGGACCAGGACCGUCUUACCACUGAUGCAUUAACCCUUCAUAAGCCUCAUGGGUCUACGGUCCACAUCCAUGUGCUGGCAGUCCACCGGACCUUCCGCCAACAGGGAAAAGGAUCUAUCUUGCUGUGGCGUUACCUGCAGUAUCUGCGAUGUCUACCAUAUGUCCGCCGUGCCGUGCUCAUGUGUGAGGACUUCCUGGUGCCUUUCUACCAGAAGUCUGGGUUUAAGGGGCAAGGUCCUUCUGAAAUCUCCGUAGGGUCACUUACCUUCAUCGAGAUGUAUUAUCCUAUAAGGGGACAUGCAUUCAUGCGCCGUAACAGUGGCUGUUAAGGGAUCACUUGUCAUGUAGCUCUUUGGACCUUCUAAAGAAGCAGAGGGUGUGUUGAAGCAGCUUUUGGUUUUGGUCUAGAUAUAGAUAUUUUGUGGUCUAUAGUGCUGUUUACGUCUACUUUUGUAAGCCUUGGUCAGCAUAGCAAAAAAUAUUAGAUACACAUUAAAAAAAAAAAAAGGUGUGUGUGUGAGGGUGUGGGGUGGGGGGGAUGGUGGACAGAGCAAACUGCAUCCCACUAUCUUAUCUAAGAUGGCUAAAUAUACCUUUUUUGUUUAUAUAUAUAUAUAUUCAUCAUGUCAAACAUUUUAUUUUUUUUUGCCUCAAAGUCAGGCUAUCUAAUAGGCUAGGUUUAUAUUUAUUAUUGUUUAUUUUGUUUUAUAUUUGGUAUGCACUUCUUUAGAUUACAUUUUUAAUUAAUCGUGCACAUUUUUUAAUUCAUGACAGAUCUUGUGUUGUGAGUUUGGGGGUUAAGGCUGGAAAGAUAAAAUAGUGGUUCAACAGUUAAACGUUCUUCUUUAGGGUAGUUUUUGUGUUCAGUGUCUUGUGGCUGCUUUAGAUGUGUGUCUAAACUGUGGAAGCAUUAAAAUAGCAUCAACUGAACACUUUUCCACUGUGAUCUCUCAUGAAAACAGCCACAAGAGAACAUGCAGUGUUGUCUGUUAUGUCUGUGAGUGCCAAUGUUUAAUAUACAAUCCCAUAAACAUGAGAAACUUUUAAUGUGUUGGUUAGGCAUUAGUACAAUUUAUUAAUGUCCGAUGUGCAGAGGUAUGCUAAACAGAAAUCAUCAAAAAACACAUGAGAGGGUUAAGACAGAAAUCCACCACCUAUGCCUUCACAGUCGUCAAUCAAGAUUUUGUACAUUUUGUAAUAAAAAAGAAAUAAAGAAUAUAUUUUUCAGAA